UGAGAAAUACAACAAAAAAAAAGGAAACACGCACAAAAAAAACAAGCACUGCAACGUCAGUCUCGUCAGUCUUGCACUUGCGUCAGGGUGUGAAACCUCUGCUUCACUUCUGCAGAACCAGCUCAACGCUCGACACAUUUCCUGUAUUCCUGCAGAUACCCAGCAGGUAUCGGCCUGUGUGUGUUCGUCCUUUCGCCAUUUUACAGGUGUUUUGGCUCUUGUGUCGGGGGGGACUUGAACCUCGGCAACUGGAACUACUGGGUCCUCUGCUCCUCUCCUCCAUUUGGGACGGACGGACAUUGCAUUUUUCCAAGAUGGCUGCCGCUUGGCCGGUCCUGCUGUUGCUUCUGCCCGCCUUCAGCCCACUCCUGUCAAUGAGUCUGCCCGGGCAGAACACGACAGACAACGGGAGUCGGGUUCAACCGACCUCUCACCCGCCGACUCCUCGCACGGAGGACAAACGUGACGACACGUUUUUUACGGUAACGACGGAGGGCCAUGACGACGCGUCUCUGUCGGCGGUCCAGGGCGAGACUCAGAACGUCACCGAAAGCGAAUGGCGGCCAUCGACGAGCAGGCCGAGCACCGAGCGCUCGACCCCCGCUGAGGCCGUAACCGAGGAGACGGCCGCCGUGGUAACGACUCCGGGCUCCACCCUUUCCUGGAACGAGACGUCCGCGGCCCCAACGGAGGCAGCCGACUCGCCCGGGACGACCGACGCGCCCAAACUUCCUGCUGAGGACACCACCACGGCGGAGGCUGAAACCGAGACCGCCGGUCACGUUGUCGUCACCACAGGGGCGGCCGAGUCAUCGACUGCCUCGACCCAAGACCCCGAGCCCUCCACUGAACCCUCCACUUCAGGGCCCUGGAGCACCACCAACGCCACCGGUGCAGCUCUGGUCCCCCGCAUGAACCGUGGAGGAAGGGAGGACACCACCACGGCGGAGACUGGAACUGAGAUCGCCGGUCAUGUUGUCACCACAGAGGCAGCCGAGUCAUCGACUGCCUCGACCCAAGACCCUGAACCCUCCACUUCAGGGCCCUCGAGCACCACCAACGGUACCGGUGCAGCUCUGGUCCCCCGCAUGAACCCUGGGGGAAGGGUCCCGGUUCCCGAACCGCCUGAGGUCACCCCGCCCACCACGGCGGGCGGCGACCAGGGUUCGAAGGACGACGGCCGCUUCCUGUGCCCCUCGGGGCCCUUGCGGAAGGACGGCUUGGUCAGCCAGUGCCUGAUCGCCAUCGCCACGCUGGCGGGCGUGGCCACCAUCUUCAUCGUCAGCACCACCGUGCUCUGCACCAAGCUCUCCAGCGCCAAGUACCGGUACCGGAUGGACCGGGUCGCCAACGGCACCGAGAUGGUGUGCAUCUCCUCCCUGCUGCCCGACGGCAACGGCCCCCACAGCGCGCCGCGCAGACCCAGGAGCAACGGGGCGCUCCUCCCGAACCUGGAGGACGACGAGGGGGACGACCUCACCCUCCACAGCUUCCUCCCGGAGACGGAUCGGGGCUCCUCGUGAGCUUCGGGUGACACCCUGCUGAACGCGCGCCCCGCCCCCGCCAAAAAAAAACUCUGCCCUACGCCAAGGUAGAACUUUCCCUGUUGCCCUGGUUGCAUUGACCGUCUUGGACACCUACAGCCUUGGAAAUGGAAAAUGGAAACUCCUCCACGUGAUUUUCAUUACAUUACAUUACAGGCAUUUAGCAGACGCUCUUAUCCAGAGCGACUUACACAGCUUUUACAUAGUAUCCAUUUAUACAGCUGGAUAUAUACUGAAGCAAUUCCGGUUAAGUACCUUGCUCAAGGGUACAACGGCAGUGUCCUUACCCGGGAAUCGAACCUGCGACCUUUCGGUUACAAGCCCAGUUCCUUACCCACUGUGCUACACUCCGUUUUCAGUUGCAGCAUAGCUACAGUGACGUCGCGCUCAGAUGCACGGAGAGGAGGGCUGGGUUCGCCUUUACUAACGCGAGUGCAAAACUAAAUCUGUGGACAGGGGCUAAAUAUGGACACACAAAAUCGACUGCACUGAAGGAGGCAUCAUCUGUAUGCAUGCUCCUAAUGUCCUCCUAAUGACUAGUUAACAGAAACUGCUCUUUUCUGAUGCAGCUGGGGGUGGGGAAAGUAGACAUGGUUGGAGGACGGUUCGGCUUCCUGGAAGAAACUGCAACUGACCUCAGGCUGAAUAUGAGACCCUGGCUCCAGAGUCGGUUUGGCCUGGGAAUGAAGUGUGAACUUCCUUUAGCUUUCUUCGGCUUCUCACUCCGUGACAUUGUUUUCCUAAAAAUGUCAACCCUUGGUCCUACCAACAGAGUGCAUGUGCCAUGCUUUGCUCUUUGCAGACAGCAAACUAUCCUGGAACUGGAACUAGGAAAAUUCUAAAAAAAAAAAAAAUUUUUUUUUACACAUUUAAAUUUCUCUUUUUUUGGACAUUGUAAUUUUUCGGUAAUUGUGGUAGCUUCUCGGAUUUCUCUGCCUGACAAAUGGCGGGUGUUCAGUGCAGCGGAAGAAAUCUUCCACAAAACAAAACAAUGUCCGUCACGCCUCCCUGCCGCAUAGACAGCGCACCGUUUAUCAUUAAUGGCUGGCCUGACAGGAAGUCAAAGAGGCACCGCGUGCUGACACUGUGUGCAGUUUCCGUUCAAACUCAUCCCUCGGUGUCUGUCCUUUUACGGUACGCUCACACUCAAACUCACUGGCUGGUAGAUCGUUUUUUAUUUUAAGUUACGGAAUGAUGCGUUCGUUGCAGGACUGCAUCAUCAGUUAAGUGACCCCCCCAGAGUGACCAUGACCCUGCCUAUCGGUGCACACAAUUCAAAGAUCUAUUUUCAAAAAUUGAUACAAGAAGUCUAGGCUGACCUCUUAAUUAGUGCCUUAUUUAACUGUGUAUUUUGUUGUACUUUGAGGAAAAAUACAAAACAACGCAGACUAAAAAUGUAUCCCAAUUACUGCACUUGUACUAUAACUUUUUUUUUUUUGGAUAGUCAUCUCCCAAUCAACACAAAAAAACAGCUUGUUUCACUGCCUUCUUCCCAAGGGUGUCAUUUCAGGGUAAUUUUCAGUUUUUUACUUAAAGUAUUUAGAUUGCCAUGAACAGUUCUCAUUCUGCAUGUUAUCACACACAUAUAACUACCUUUUCAACUUGCAUUGUGUACUCCCGAGAUUCAAUGUGUAAAUAAACAAUGAAGCGUCAUCAUCUAGUGACAUCUGCUGGUGGAAAAUAAUAAUGCAUGACAUAUUCUAAAUUAAAGUUUUUCAUGUUCUGUAGAACAUUGCUGA